GUUAUGAACUAGGAUUGCAAUCUUAAUCAAUUACUUAUUUCUAGAACAGUUCUUUUAUUGGUUUCAGUGCCUUCUGUUUGAGUACUUAAGCACCAGUGCACAAAGAGCUGAGAAGGAGGCACGAUCAAUAGACAUUGUAAAAGCCUAUAUUGAAGCCGGAUGAGAAUCUUAGGAACUGCAGAAGGAAAAACAAACUCUUUUGUGAUUGGUAGUGUAGUAACGAAAAUAUUACUGUUAAGUGCUGAACGUCUUGUGGUCUAGGGUGUGUCUUCCUUUUGCAUCAUCUCAUGGAAAAUGUUGCAUUAGGUACUGUAUUCUGUCAUGGGUUUUGCCAUCUGGAAUCACCAGAAUGCAAAUCUUUUUCAGAUAAUCACUCCGUUUAGGAGGCUGAUAUUGUGUGCUGAGAACAGAAAAGAAAUGGAGGACUGGAUAAGCUCUCUGAAAUCCGUACAGUCCCGGGAACACUAUGAGACGGCACAGUUUAAUGUGGAACAUUUCUCAGGGAUGCAUAACUGGUACGCCUGCUCCCAUGCCCGACCCACCUUCUGCAAUGUGUGCAGAGAGAGCCUCUCUGGAGUCACUUCUCACGGCCUGUCCUGCGAAGUGUGUAAGUUUAAAGCACAUAAAAGAUGUGCUGUCAGAGCAACAAAUAACUGCAAAUGGACUACAUUAGCCUCCAUUGGAAAAGAUAUCAUAGAAGAUGAAGAUGGUAUAGCUAUGCCUCACCAAUGGUUAGAGGGUAAUUUGCCUGUCAGUGCCAAAUGCGCAGUCUGCGACAAGACCUGUGGCAGUGUUUUACGCCUACAAGAUUGGAAGUGCCUUUGGUGUAAAGCUAUGGUUCACACUGCCUGUAAGGAUCUGUACCCUCGUAAAUGUCCACUUGGCCAAUGUAAGGUAUCGAUCAUACCUCCAACAGCACUAAACAGUAUAGACUCUGAUGGUUUCUGGAAAGCCACAUGCCCGCCAUCCUGUGCCAGUCCUCUUUUAGUUUUUGUUAACUCAAAGAGUGGAGACAAUCAGGGAGUAAAGUUUCUUCGUCGAUUCAAACAGUCGUUAAAUCCAGCUCAGGUGUUCGAUUUAAUGAAUGGAGGACCUCACUUAGGUUUGCGGCUAUUUCAGAAGUUUGACAACUUCCGGAUUCUUGUGUGUGGUGGAGAUGGAAGUGUGGGUUGGGUGUUGUCAGAAAUCGAUAAACUCAGCUUGCACAAACAGUGUCAGUUAGGAGUGUUACCCCUUGGUACUGGAAAUGACCUUGCUCGUGUCCUUGGUUGGGGAGGAUCCUGUGAUGAUGAUACGCAGCUUCCUCAGAUUUUGGAGAAAUUGGAACGAGCCAGCACAAAAAUGUUAGACAGGUGGAGUAUAAUGUCAUAUGAACUAAAAUUACCAGCAAAGCCUUCAAUUCCUUCAGUCACUGUUGAAGAAGAGUCAGAGGAAUGCCAGAUAUCUGCUUACGAGGAUUCAGUUGCUGCUCAUCUUGCAAAAAUUCUCAAUUCUGAUCAGCACUCAGUUGUCAUAUCUUCUGCCAAAAUAUUGUGUGAAACUGUAAAGGACUUUGUUGCCAAAAUAGGGAAGACUUACGAAAAACCAGUGGAAAAUGCAGAUGAAGCUGAUGCCAUGGCCAUUAAAUGUUCAGAGCUAAAUGAAAAGCUUGACCUGUUGCUCCAAGCGCUUCAUACAGAAGCCCAGGCUGCUCCUAUUCUCCCAGGCGUCACUCCUCCCAUUGUUGAAGAAGAAGGAGAGGAGUUUUCAAGUGAGGAAUCCUUGUCUGAAAGUAAAGAGCAAUUAGUGGAGUGUGUUGCAAAGUCUUCCACCCAGAAACUCUUCAAGCCGAGAGAACAGUUGAUGCUCCGGGCAAACAGCUUAAAGAAGGCUGUGAGGCAGAUCAUUGAACAAGCAGAAAAAGGUGCACAUUCAUCUUUACUGAUAAGGAUGCUUUUUUUUCCCCUUAAAGCUAGCAUAAAUUUUAAUAUUGAACCUUGA